AUGGUUCUUACUAAACAGUACGAUCGACAUGCACCCGAGAAAGUCUUCGGGAUCAUAGGAAGUGGUAAUGCAAGUAAUGUUGCACUAUUACCCGCAGGAAAUAAAUCAACUUCACGUCGAAUUUUCGUUCCUGCAUGUGAGAACGUUCUUUUAUGGGAUCUGAAAACUCACACACAAGUCAAGACGUUUGUUGAUGAAACAGCAUCGUCAUCAACGUUGAAGAAAAAAAUUCGUGAAGAAGCGAUUGUAGUUGCUGCAAGUCCGAAUGGCAAACAUUUAGCCGUUGGAUAUCAGAAUGGUAUCAUAAAACUAUUCACAGUUACACAAAAUGACAAUACAGUGAAUUUCCAUGGGCAUAAAUCCAGUAUUACAACAUUAACAUUUACACACGACUCAGCAACGUUGAUUUCGGGAUCGAAAGAUACAGAUAUCAUCGCUUGGGAUUUGAUUACUGAAGCUGGUCUCUAUCGACUUCGUGGUCAUAAAGCACCGGUUACGAAAGUUUUAAUGAUGAAAAAUCAAUCGAUACUAAUUUCUAGUUCACGAGAUAUGACAAUUAAAUUUUGGGAUAUGAGCAUUCAACAUUGUUUUCACACGAUUGUAACACAUCGAACAGAGGUGUGGAGCAUCGCGUUAGCAUACGAUCGAUAUUUAAUUACUGGAUGUUCAGAUAACGAAUUACGAUUUUUUGCUUUACGAUCAACAAUAGCAGAUGAAGAUGAUGCUUUGAUGUUUCCGCCUCUGACCGAUGAAAUAACGAAUGAAGAUCAAGUACCAAUUCAUGUUCAAUCUCUUGGCUCAAUUGUUCGUAAAAGUAAACAACGAGUUUCGAAUCUACAUGUUGACCAAGAUGAUCGUGUUCUCGCUUGUCAUGGUGUGGAAUAUUUCGGCGAAUUCUUUCGUAUUUCAACUAUUGAUGAAAUUCGCACGCGUCUUCGUAAGCGUUUGUCUAAAGCGCGAAAACGGAAAGAAAAUGGUGACGAAAAGAACGAUGAAGCAAUCAAAAUCGAUUGGGAUCUUUCGUUAGUUUUUACUUCGUUAUGCGAAAUUAAAUUCGAUGGAAAAGUUCGAGCAUUUGAUAUGUUUAUGGAAACACAAAUGACAUGCAAAAUCGUGGCAUUAACAUUGAGUAACAAACUGGAUUUACAUUUAUUAAAUAUUCAAGAUAAGACAGUCGAACAAUUGCCUUCGAUUGAAAAAUCGGCACAUCGAACCGAAGUGCGUUGUUUAGCGUUCAGCUCAGAUGAUAUGUUAAUCGCUUCCGGAAGUGGAGAAUCGUUAAAAAUUUGGAAUAGAAAUAGCUGUGAAUCGAUACGAACGAUUCCUUGUACUUAUGCACUUUGCUGCAUGUUUUUACCGGGUGAUCAUCUAGUUUUGAUUGGAUGUAAAAAUGGUUCACUUCAAAUUGCAUCGCUGGAUUCAGCUUCGAUUGUUGAGACUGUUCAAGGGCAUGAAGAGAAUCAAUCUGUUUGGACGAUGUGUAUGACUCCGGAUAAACAAUCGUUCUUGACUGGUGGAAGCGAUAAAAAGAUUCAAUUUUGGAAUUUGGAAUUGAAAGAUGAAAGAGAGAGUCAAUCAAAAAAAACGAGAAAACGAUUGUCAUUUGAACACAAACGUUCGUUUGAUGUUGGUGAAGAUGUCUUAGCUCUGAAAAUCUCUCCCAACAACCGAUAUUUUGUUGCAGCAUUAAUGGAUACCACUGUAAAAGUCUUUUUUAUGGAUUCAUGCCAAAUGUUCCUGUCGUUAUAUGGUCAUUCCCAACCUGUUCUUUGCCUUGACAUAUCAUUCGACAGUCGUUUAGUUAUAACUGGUUCAAGUGAUCGAAAUAUCAAAAUCUGGGGCUUAGAUUUCGGUGAUUGCCAUCGCUCUCUAUUUGCUCACGACGAUACAAUAACAGCAGUACAAUUUGUUCCGAAAACGCAUCUUUUCUUUUCAACUGGAAAAGAUAACAAGUUGAAAUAUUGGGACGCUGAUAAGUUCUUACAUGUUCAAACGUUGGACGGUCACUGUGGAGAAAUCCGGUGUAUGUCAAUUACGAAUAACGGAAUGCAUAUUGCAACUGCUGCUCAUGAUCGAUCGAUUCGAUUAUGGGAGAGAACGGAAGAACCAUUGAUUCUUGAUGAAGAAAAGGAACAGGAACGUGAAGCACAGUUUGAAAACGAAAUGGAAAAUGAUGAAUUCAUUUUACCUGGCGAAACCAACAAAGAAAUCGGUUUAGCUGCUUUGAAAACCAUCGAAAGUCUCAAAGGCGCUGAAAGUGUCAUCGAAGCACUCGACAUCUGGCGCGAAGAGAAACUGAAACUCGCUGAACAUGAUGCAACCGAAAAAGCACUAGGAAAAGAAGUUCCAUUGCCACCUCCACAUAUUAUGUUACAAGCGCUAGGAAAUGGUUAUACAGCCGAACGUUUCGUUCUGGAAUCGUUACGGAAAAUCUCUGCAAGUGAUUUGGAAGCAGCACUUCUUCUACUUCCGUUCGAUUACGUUCAAAAACUAUUGACAUUACUUGUGUAUUAUCUCGAUCGAUUUCAAUCACCGGAACUGUGCGUGAAAUGUGCGGUAUUCUUAAUCAAAAUCCAUCACGGUGUUCUAACAUCAUCACAUCAGUAUCUGAGCAUUGUCGAACAAUUGCGAACACGUUGUAUGGAAACAGUCGAAACAUUACGAAACAACGUUGGAUUCAAUUAUGCAGGUUUGAAGCUAAUUCGUCGACAAAUCGAAGAGCAGAAUGAUGUUAUUCUGUUCGCUGAUGCCACACAGAAAUUAUCCUCUGCGGAGGGUAAAAAACGUAAAAAGAACAAGGGAUCAGCUGCUAUAUUGACUAUUAAAGGAACAUCAGCUCUUGCCUGA